CUCAGAGUUGGCAUUCAAACUUUCAGUAGCACACCAGCGACAAGAGAAAAGGAGAUCGAGAGCGGAACUUUAGAGUUUCUCACAAUCCCACUAAAAGGAUUUCCUCAUCUCAAGGGUUACAUUAACCCCUCAGCAGAGUUUGCUUGGAUCUUCCUUACUUUUUUUUGGAGUAACGAUGAUGUUUACCGCUUUCAACACGGAGUGCGACUCUUCCUCCCGCUGCAGCACCGCUUCCCCGUCCGGGGACAACCUGGGAUACUACCCGUCACCAGCCGGGUCUUACUCCAGCAUGGGAUCACCCCAGUCUCAGGAUUUCACUGACCUGACAGCAUCAAGUGCCUCCUUCAUCCCCACUGUCACAGCCAUCUCGACAAGCCCAGAUUUGCAGUGGAUGGUCCAGCCUUUGAUCUCCUCGGUGGCCCCUUCUCACAGAGCUCACCCCUACAGCUCCAGCCCCAGCCCCGCCUACUCCAGACCAGCCAUGAGGUCUGAAGCCUCCAGGGCUCACAGCUCUACCAAGAGGGGCAGAGUUGAACAGAUAACACCCGAGGAAGAAGAGAAGAAAAAAAUUCGCAGAGAGAGAAAUAAGCAGGCAGCAGCAAAAUGCCGCAACAGGAGGCGGGAGCUUACAGACACUCUGCAAGCUGAAACUGAUCAGCUAGAGGAUGAGAAGUCCAACUUGCAGAAUGAUAUUGCUAAUCUUCUGAAGGAGAAGGAAAGGCUUGAGUUCAUUCUCGCUGCCCACCAACCCAUCUGCAAAAUCCCCUCAGAGCUGGACACAGACUUCUCAGUGGUCUCCAUUACUCCUUCCCACCCCUGCCUCUCCACUAAGGUGUCCACCCAGUCACAGACCACCAUCCCAGAGGCAUCCAUUAUCACUUCCAGCCAGCCAACCUUCACCUCAACCUCCAACUCCAUCUUCUCAAGCAGCUCCAUCCCCUCCAUCGCCACCAUCUCCAGCAGCACGGUCAAAAUGACAGACCUGGACGCCUCCGUCCUGGAGGAGUCUCUGGAUCUGCUGACAAAGACGGAGAUGGAGACGGCGCGGUCAGUGCCAGAGGUUGACCUGUCCAACUCACUCUACACAACUCAGGACUGGGAGGCCCUUCACGCCUCAGCCAAUAACAAUGACUUUGAGCCACUGUGCACGCCUGUGGUGACCUGCACACCAGCCUGCACCACCUUUACUUCUUCUUUCGUGUUUACCUUCCCAGAGGCGGAGACCUUCCCCACUUGUGGCGUCGCCCACAGGAGAGGAAGUAACAGCAACGACCAGUCCUCUGAUUCCCUCAGCUCACCCACCCUGCUGGCCCUUUAAAGACGCCUCCAAAAACAAUAAUACUUCCUUUCAAGCACAUUUUAUUGAUGUAUGAGAUAGAUGUGCAGAUCACAGGGCUAUGGAAUGGACAGGAAGCAAAUUAUUUCUGAUUUUAUUUGCCUUUAUCUAUACUUGCCUAUUACACCAAUGUAGCAAGUUAAAAAGCAUGUUUUAACUAAUACAACCUAGUCGUUUUAUGAGUUCAUAUAUGAUUUUAAUGGUGCUAGAUAACAAAACUUAUUGUAGUGUUGUGUUUUCAGAGCAAUAGUUAUUAUUGACCCAGUUUGUUUUCUGGUUGAUGGAACGUGAGAGUAAUUGUGAACUUGUUUGUGAAAUUUUAAAAACUGACGUACUUUGUCUUAACCAUGGUCUGAGUGGUCUAUCUUAGUCUGAAGUUUUCUGUGAAAACAUUAGUGGUUUUAAUUUAUGAAAUUUAUUUUUUUACAGAGAGAGUAAAGAUGAAUGUUGUUUGUAAGACAUGUAAAUAAAACAUAGUGAUAUUUCAAUUCAAA